AUGUUAGGUUACUUGCCAUUUUGUUUUGUUUUUUUCUAUCGCGAUUUGUCAGAUCUAGUUUGCAAUUGCAAUAACGGGGUAUUUGCUGAAUUGGCGAUGCGAGCUGCUACAUCUUGCGCCAUGCAUGGGCUUUCCUGUGAAUUUCGUUUUUUGCAAAGUUUUGAGUCUGAGUGGAAGAUUGUGAAGCUAAGAAAGAUGGUGAAGUUGACUAUGAUUGCCCGUGUUACUGAUGGUCUUCCGCUAGCUGAAGGACUGGAUGAUGGUCGUGAUCUUAAAGAUGCGGAAUUUUACAAACAGCAAGUCAAGGCUUUGUUUAAGAAUCUUUCAAGAGGACAUUAUGAAGCAUCAAGGAUGUCAGUUGAAACUGGGCCUUAUGUUUUUCAUUAUAUUAUAGAAGGACGGGUUUGUUACUUGACAAUGUGUGAUCGUGCAUACCCUAAGAAACUAGCCUUUCAAUAUCUUGAAGAGCUCAGGAAUGAGUUUGAGCGUGUUAAUGGGUCUCAAAUUGAAACUGCUGCCAGACCUUAUGCCUUCAUUAAGUUUGAUACAUUUAUACAGAAGACAAAGAAACUUUACCAGGAUACCCAUACCCAGCGCAAUAUUGCAAAAUUGAAUGAUGAACUGUAUGAAGUCCACCAGAUAAUGACUCGUAAUGUGCAGGAAGUUCUUGGUGUUGGUGAACAGUUGGACCAGGUCAGCCAAAUGUCCAGUCGCUUAUCAUCAGAAUCUCGCAUAUAUGCUGAUAAGGCUAGAGAUUUAAAUCGGCAGGCUCUGAUUCGGAAGUGGGCCCCUGUUGCCAUUGUUUUUGGAGUUGUCUUCGUACUUUUCUGGAUCAAAAAUAAAAUAUGGUGA